GUGGAAAAGGGAGAAGGCAGCUGCUGGGAGCAGGAUCAUUCACCAUGGAGGAGAACAGCACAACAAACUUCACCCUGAACAACACCACUUAUGGAUCUCAGGAUUGGGAGGACUUAAUCAGAUCUGAGUGCUCCAGCAUUUCCCACAGCCUGAUUGCCUUUGCAGGGGUGUGCCUGGGGAUUUCCCUCUGUGGGCUGGCAGGGAAUGGGGUGGUCAUGUGGUUCUUGGGCUUCCACACAAAGCAGAGCCCUUUCACAGUCUACAUCCUAAAUCUGGCUGUUGCUGACUUCUCCCUGCUCCUCCUCUUUCUCCUGCUUCUCUUGGCUUUUUUGACCUUAGUAGCAUUUUGCACAUCUUUGUUUCAUCUUGCUCCGCUCUACAUAGAUUUUGUAGUUGCGGUGGAACUCCUGUGCCAAGUGUUUGACCUGAGCAGCCUGGGGCUGCUGGCAGCCCUCAGCGUGGAGCGCUGCGUCUCCGUCCUCUGUCCCAUCUGGUACCGCUGCCACCGCCCUCGGCACCUCUCGGGCGUCGUCAGCGGGGCCCUCUGGGUCCUCGCAGGGUUUUUUGUUUCCUUCCUCUACCUCACCUCCACUUACACUGAAGACUCUGAGAGUGUCCUUGCAGGUGUAGCCCUCGCCAUUUACGUGGUUUUUUCCCUGAUGAUGUUGGUUUCCAACCUGUUCCUGUUCCUCAAGCUGCGCUGUGGCUCCCAGAGGCGGCAGCCAGGGAAGCUCUUUGUGGCCAUCCUGCUCAACGUCCUGCUGUUCUUUGCCUUAGGCAUCCCUUUCUGCGUGGAGGUUUUCCUCAGCCUCCCUGAUUCCGAUGAUUUACUCCCAGGAGACCCCUCUUUGUUCCUGGCAUUGCUGAACUGCUCCCUCAACCCGGUGAUUUACGUGCUGGUGGGGAGCUGCCGGCGGCGGCGCUUCCAGCGCUCCGUCAGAGUCGCUCUGCGGAGGGUGUUUGAGGAGAAAGCCGGGAGUGACGAGGGCAGCCACGGCCCUGGGGACACUGUGGUGGAGGUGACAGCUCUGUGAGGCACUUCUGGACAUGUGGCACCUCAGAGACAGCCUGAAGUAUUGGAGACAAGGCCACUCCAAGCAGCAUAGCCAGGCUUGGUCCAGUUCCCCAGCUGUGUUUAUUCCCCAUGGAACCACCCUCGCUGCCCCAUCCAUAGGGAAUAAUCUCUGUUGAUGAAGGAAAGUCUGCUUAAAUAGUAGGGCAAAGGGUGUUGGCUUGGUGAUGAUGGGAUUUGGGGUGUAAGGCGGUAAGAGAUGGGUGAAAAUUACAAUUUGGGGAAAAUGGAGAGGAAAAAGAGAGAAAGAGAGAGAAAGAGCAAAGGGAAAAAAUGUGAGAGGAAAAAUAAAGGAAAAAUUAAAAAUACAACAAACAAGAAAGGAAAUAAGCAAGAGAAUGAAUGGGAGAGAAACAGAAAAAAGAACAAAGUACAUCAGAAAGUAAAAAAUAAAGAUUGAGAAUGACAAAGGAUUCGCUUGCACAGGAGAGAUCAAGAAGGAUAUCCCUGGUGUGCUAAAUCCCCAUAAAUAUUUGGGUCAGUCACACAGGGGCUGUUCCUGCUCCCUCUGAAAUCACUGGAGGAAAAGUUAUUCACCCAAGCACAGCAGUGUUAUAGCAAAACCAAUCUGGAAUUAGCUGUUAUAAAAUAAAAUUGGCUUUUCUGUCCUUUUUCAGUAGA